AUGUUAAGACGAAUCAAAUAAGAUCACACAUGACUAUUUUUAGGCUUACACAUUGAGAGAAUUUGAUGAGUCAAAGUGCUUUGAUGAACAGUUCCAAAAGUCAAAAGUGGACAAAGACAGUGGGACGGAGGUAGUAGUCUUCCGUAAGGAAGUUUUCAUGGUAUCGGAGCCCACAGGCUGUGUAGGUUUUCCGUUCGUUUUUUUUGGCGUAGAAGAAUAUGGCGAAUUUCGGGGAAAAGAAAGCCGACGGCGACACCGGCGGUAGUGGAGUUCCUCAACGUCGUACAAUCUCGCCAUACGAUCUUCAUGCCAAUGAUAAUCCGGGGUUGAUUAUCACGCAGGAGGAAACAGCAAGAGCAAGAGCAGCCCACGCACGUGAGCGUCCCGAAAAUGCCGCCUUUGCAUCCCGGAUUGUUGCCUCGGAAAAGCCACGUGACAAAAAUAACGUCUCUUGUUCAUAUUGCAAGAGGUUGGGCCACGAUAAGGAUACUUGCUACCAACUUCAUGGCUAUCCGGAGGGCUGGGGUCGUUAUAGUGGCGGAAGAGGCCGCGGGCGUGGGCGAGGCGGGACUGCCGGCAGAGGCUCUGGCGGACAGCAACUCCAACAGCCGCAUGCAGCCCAUGCCAGGGAAUCUGCCCAUGUUGCCGCAGUAAAUAGAGGAGCCAACAGUGGUGAAUCUUCUACUGGAGCUAUCCCUUCCUUGACCGCAGAGCAAUGGGACACAUUUAGAGCACUUCUCGCCUCCGUCAAAGAUGUUCCGUCUGAAAAAUUAAAUGAAACCUCUUUUAAUGAUAAUUCCUUGCCUUAUUUGGAUGAUGAAGAAGAUCUUGGAAAUCGGCGGUUACCAGAAAGGGGGGGCACUGAUUCCCUACCUAUUGCCCUGCCCACUGCCACCCUGACUGCUGCCCGUCCUCAGCCCACGGAUACUUCAGAACUUCAGCCCACAUUUUCUGGCAGUUCGGGUCGUCGUCCACAAACCCUCCAGCCGCCAAUAACAACACUGCCACUUCUUCAGCUCUCCAGCCAGCAUCUGCCACUUUGGGUCGAGGUCACCGGCAACGCACACCCAAUGAUUGAGAAAUUGCCUACAUGUGCAAAGUGCCGCGCGUGCAAGUGUGGUGCCAUUAAAACAAUAGAGACGCAAAAGGAGAAUGAAAAGGUGCAUCAAUUCUUGAUGGGACUCGAUAACGAGGGCUAUAGCGGCGUGCGUUCUAACAUUCUGAGUACCACCCCGCUCGCACCGCUCAAUCGUGUAUACUCAACGAUUAUACAACAAGAAGGUGUUCUUAAAGUGACCACCCAAGAAGAAGAGAAAAACCCGGUCAGUUUUGCCGUUAUCAACCGAGCAAACCGAGAGCGAGCAGACCACGACACGACCAGAGAUGUUAAAUGCAAACAUUGCGGCCGCGUGGACAAAUCAAUAACCGAGGAGGAAGCCGGGUUGGUCGCGGAGGUGGUCGGCUGGGGGGCAGAACUGGUGCCUCUGGCGGACGUAACAGCCGGAACCCAGCUGGUUUUGGGACUACUGCCGCAGCACACACAGCCCGAACAGAGCAAGCAAGCAGCGAACGGGAAGCCUUCACAUCCAAGCAGUGGAGCACCUUGAUGAAUCUAUUAAAGGAGAAGGACAUCC